UACCCGUCAGAUGUUCGACGCAGGCGACACCUACCCCUCGCUGCCGCGCUGGGUGCCCUUCCGCACCACCGUCGGCGUCAUUCUGGGCGUCGUGCUCGGCCGCUGGAUCGGCGGCUUGCUGGGCUACCAGCCCUUCUUCCCCGAGUGGACGUCCGACUGGCAGCUGGCCUGCAACCGGAUGGAGAGGAACUGGACCCAGCGCCGCUUUGCCGUCCGCGAUGCCCAGGAAAAGGCCCGGGCGAGACUCGCCAAGUCGGCAGAGCAGCAGGCGCAAACGAGUUGAUCUCAGGUCGAACUCUUGCUGAUGAAGAUGGAUUGAUUGAUGGACCAGUGUCUCUUGUAUAUUAUGGAUUGGUGUUUGGGCUUGUCUUGUUUACGUGA